UAAUGGUGGGCCUUUCUGUUGGGGAGCAACACUUCCUUAAAGGUGGGAUUGCUCAAGAUCUUCGAGCUGAUGGUCGGAAAAGAUUGACUUACCGUCCUAUCUACGUCGAAACCGGUGUGAUUCCGCAGGCUAAUGGUUCAGCGAGAGUUAAGAUUGGUGGAACUGAUGUGAUUGCCAGUGUAAAGGCAGAAAUUGGGAGGCCAAGUUCGCUUCAACCUGAUAAAGGAAAGGUUGCGGUUUUCAUUGAUUGUAGUCCAACAGCAGAGCCAACGUUCGGGGGGAGAGGCGGUGAGGAAUUGUCUUCAGAGCUUGCUUUGGCUCUUCAAAAAUGUCUUCUAGGUGGCAAAAGCGGAGCAGGGGCUGGGAUAGAUUUAUCUUCGCUUUUGAUCAAAGAAGGAAGAGUUUGCUGGGACCUUUAUAUAGAUGGCCUUGUCAUUAGUUCGGAUGGGAAUCUAUUGGAUGCCCUUAGUGCUGCCAUUAAGGCUGCUUUAACCAACACCGCUAUACCAAAAGUCCAAGUCUCAGCUGAAAUGGCGGAUGAUGAGCAGCCAGAGAUUGACAUCAGCGACGAAGAGUACCAACAAUUCGACACUUCCAGUGUCCCAGUCAUAAUCACGUUAACUAAAGUGGGAGCGCAUUACAUAGUUGAUGCAACAGCGGAAGAGGAAUCACAGAUGAGCUCAGCUGUGUCUAUAUCCGUGAACCGGGUGGGCCAUAUCUGUGGGUUGACCAAAAGAGGCGGGUCUGGUUUAGACCCGAGCGUCAUUCUUGACAUGAUCUCUGUGGCCAAGCAUCUGUCAGAGAGUUUGAUGAACAAACUUGAUUCUGAGAUAUCAGCUGCAGAGGCCUGCGAAGACGAGGAUUUACUAAAAUGCAAAAGGGCGGGGACCUUGUUAACGCGGCUUAUAAGCUUUCUUUACUCCAUUGUUUCUGGAUCUUUGUUUAAAGUGAAAAAACAUAACAAGUUACAUGAGGAUUGUGAUAUUUUGGGAGGAGAAAUGAGGAUUGAGGUGAUGAGGUCAGCGAAAAUU